CCUGAACUCGUGUAGAAAACCAGGUGAGCAUCGAAACAUACUGCCUUAAGAUUCUGUGCAAAGACUUAUCCAAAUUCGGUCACGUCAGUUCCCAUCUCAACUGUGAAUUACAAUUGAGGGUAUAUUGCUUUGCAUCACAGGACGCAUCAUGGCCCUUCACCCUGUUGCAUCGCUCUAUCGACGUUCCCUAAAGCUUGCCCUUGACUGGGCUGUGCAAAGGCAGGUUUGGCGUGGGCAAGCAGUGUACAUUCGUUCCCUUUUCGAUGCGAACAAGGAUGUCCGCGAUCCGCGUCAACAGAAGGUGCUGUUGCGAGAGACGGAGAAACUAUUGGAAAGCUGGAAACACCCAGACCCCUACCGGGCGCCUACGGCUCCAGGAGGCAACAAAUAUGAAAGAAAUCUGCCUGCCCGGCAAUUGCCUUACGCUACGGAAAUCCAUUGAAAGGUUCCAAAUUUUUGGGUCCAAUCGUUAGUGAUUCUAGAUAGUAAAUGGACAAUGUAAAAUUACAUGAUUCGCCUCUGCUUAACGCAGACGCAGUUAAUCUACUGCAAUUCAAGAAUGUAGUUCUCAUAGUAAGACCUGUGGGCAUCUAUUGAAAAGUAGGGCCAACUGCCAUUUCAGAAUGCGUCACUUAUAAUUGGGGGUAGUAACUCCCUUUCAAGCUAAUGGCCGAAAGCCCCUAUCCUUUGAAAGCUGCCGGUAUCAUUCCAUGUCCGUAGACAUAAUGUACAACCAUAAAAUUAAAACAGAAAGACUCGGAAAGAAGAAAAAAAA